UAGUAAGUUAAAAAUUAUAUCUUACAUAUUUUCCCAUUAAUCUCUAUAUAUAAUUAAAUUUAGAUUUUUCAAAAUCAUUACAAUCAUCUCAAUUUCUCUUCGAUAUCUAUACCAUUUAAUUAUUUUUCGAUAGUUUUUUCAAAAUCCUUCACAAGAAUACUGCCACUGUAACAAGGUUACAGAUAUUUCCACUAUAACAAAGUUUGACGAUAAUAUUCAAAAUACAGGAAUAAGCUAAACUUUUUCACCGCUAAAAAGUCGUCGGCCAAAUAAGCCUCUUCAAUUUUUUAUAAGGUUUUUAUUAAUUUAAUAAUAGUAACAACAAAGAAAACUCAUUAUAAAUUAAAAAAAUUAUUUGAUGAUCAUUGUUAUAGGAAAACCUGUUUUUGCUCUCUGGAAAAUUGAUUGUUUUUGCUAAGCUGUUUUCUGCUAUUUUUUUUUGCUGUUUGGAAUUCCUUCCAAUUCCCAAUUUGGAAGAGAAUUUCAAUCAAAUUAUUUAUUCCACUCUUCUCUUUCUCUACAAACCCCGAUUCCAAUUUGUACAAAGUUUGAAUCUUUGUAUUAAUUUUUUUCUAAAAAAUCAAGAAUUUCAGUUUUUCUUUCUUGGGUAUUUAUUUCUUUUCCUUUUAAGGGUAUUUUUUCGAAAAAAGAUAUUAAAAGGAACAAAUUUUGUUUCUUUUUUGGAGUCUUUUCAAUUAAGGGUAAUUUCAAGAAUGUAUAAAAAGGAAUAAAUUUGUUUUUUUUUUUUUUUUAUUUCAAUUAAGGCUAAUUUCAAGAAGAUAUAAAGGAAGGAUCUUUGUAUUGUUUGUCUGAGGGUUUUUGUAUUUUAAAGGUUUGUUUUAAGGAAAUAUUCUCAAAAAAGAAAUUUGGUUUCUUUUUUUGGUUUUUUUUUUUUCAAUUAAGAGUAAUUUCAAGAAGAUAUAAAGGAAGGAUCUUUAUAUUAUUUUUGUGGUGUUUUGGUAUUUUUUAAGGUUAGUAUUACAAUAUCAAGAAAUUGAGGUGAUGGGUAGUGAGAAUAUUGAUCAACAGACAAGGGGAGGAUAUGUAUCAGAUGAAGUGUUGGGAACAUUCAUACCAAUAAUUGUUUAUUGGGUAUAUUCAGGAUUGUAUUUAAUGCUUGGGGGUAUGGAUAAUUAUAGGUUACAUUCUCAGAAAGAUGAGGAUGAGAAGAAUUUGGUGUCCAAAAAAGAGGUUGUUAAAGGUGUUCUUCUUCAACAGGUUGUUCAGGCUGCUGUUGCUACGCUGCUAUUCACGAUCACCGGAAGUGAUGUUGAAUCUGACGGGGAUCAACAUGCUUCCAUCUUUGUUCGUGGCAUACAGUUCUUGGUUGCUAUGUUUAUGCUAGAUACUUGGCAAUAUUUUAUGCAUCGGUACAUGCACCAAAACAAGUUCUUGUACAAGCAUAUCCAUUCUCAACAUCAUCGUCUAAUUGUUCCAUAUGCAUUUGGAGCUUUGUACAACCACCCUUUGGAGGGCCUGCUUCUUGACACAAUCGGUGGAGCGUUAGCUUUCCUUGUCUCUGGCAUGUCACCACGUACCUCCAUCUUCUUUUUCUCAUUUGCUACGAUCAAGACGGUUGAUGAUCAUUGUGGACUAUGGUUGCCUGGAAAUCUCUUCCAUACCAUCUUUAAAAACAAUUCUGCUUACCAUGAUAUUCAUCACCAGCUUUACGGGACCAAGUUUAACUAUUCACAGCCUUUCUUUGUGACGUGGGAUAGGAUACUCGGUACUUACAUGCCAUAUGAACUUGAGAAGAGACGAGGAGGAGGUUUUGAAGCUAAGCCCGUUAAUGAUUGCAAGGAACAUUGACAACACUGGUAGUUCAUGUUUGUCAUAGGGUGUGUACCACUGCAAUUUUCCCCUUUUUCUAAUGCUUAGUUACUCAUUUAAUUUGUAUAUAGUUAAAGGCUUCUGCAUAUAUUGUUGUAUAACAGGUGUUGGUUUCCAGUUUGAGAAAGGAAAUAGGGCCGAAUAAUAGUUUCCUUUUUAAACAUCGUCUGAGAUCUGAUUUCUGGUAUAUUCAACUAAUAGGCAGAGAUAAAAAUUUCCUCAGAUACAUUGUGUACUAUGAAUUAUUUAGUUCCAAAGCAUAUGGGCAUGUAUUAAGACACUUUCAUUGUUC